AUGUCAGGGAACAACUAUCGUCUACUGCUCUCAUAUGAGACGGUACCAACCUACACGUACUCCGACGACACCAUCGCAGAGAAGAUUCCGAAUCCCGGCUUCAUACGCACCUAUCUCGUGGCAUUUGAUGGGGUAUUGUUGGAAACUUUGGAUUACAUGGACGAUUCAUGCGAGACUAUUGCCUUUGAUGGGACAUUCAGCGUACACGGCACGCUCAAAGGCCACUCAAACUUGCACAUUAUAUACUGGACGACAAAGACAUUAGUGGUUCUUGGUCGAUCUUAUCUCGUCAGGCGAUGGAUAGGUGCCUUUACGGCUUACCAUCUCAUUCUGGCCCAUAGAGAGUCUAUCGCCAUAUACACGAUUCAAUCGUUGCGAGAGGCUGCAAUGGGGGGUGAAACAGAUGGAGGGAUCCAUCAUCCGACAAUGAUCAAUCUGCCCCACCCUGUGGAAGAAGGGAUCUUUGGAACGCGUAUUUGCCCGGUCGGGUCAACAGCAAUCCUGUUGUGGCAGAACUCCCUUCACCUUUCCGCCAUACGCCUGAGCUUCACAGUAGAUAUGGCAGAAUGCGACACUGAGCACUUGUGGUCAUUACCAAUCGAUCGAUCGCAGUAUAUAUCUGCCGCUGCCAUCGACGGAAACUGCGGAAUGGCAUACUGGCUCCAACAUGAAGUGGCCGUAGCUCGGCGUUCCUGUGCAGAAGGAUCCUCGUCAAUUUUCUCCGUGCCCUUGGAAAAAAGGGCAACGGACUCAAGUGCCAGCAUACGUCUGCUCUAUAGAGGACAGGACGGGGAUAUCACUACCCACUGCGAGUUCAUGGCGGUGGACUCCCUGAAAGGACGACUGGUCUUGGCCCCGAAAGUUGCGAGGCGAGCAUUGCUCCUGCAGUCACCGGUAUCAGUGUCCGAGAAUGGCGAGACUAUCUGGCAGGCUCCGGCGUCUGACUGGCUGUGUUCAAUUACAUCUGCACGUGAGGCCAGCAUUGGUGAUGAGGUGUACGAGCACACAAUGAUGGGGGAGGACCUGAUCUGUGGUAUGCGUCUCUUCCCAACCCCAUCCUUGGCUUGGUGUUGGCACAAGCCGCUGCCGGUCUGUGCCGAGCAGCUUCCCACAGGUUUUGUACCUGACGUGGACGACGUCAUGCCAAGUUUCUGCUCAGUACCAACCGGCGCUCUAGCUGCGCUUGUUUUGGGGUACGGUAUACGGAAGUUCCCGCGCAUGUUCGGACACAUGGGUAAUAUACGUAUUGCGUCACGCGACCUGGAGAUGAUGCAAGUGUUGUACCCUGAUUCGACUGAACUCCCGGAGAGCCAGGUAUGGAAGCUGCAAAGCUAUGUGUUUCCGUCUAAGGACGACUCGGUAUUUGCACGGUUAGGUGAAGAUGAGCUAAAUGAAGUACCAACUAUGUCAGGUGCCAGCAUGCUAGUAGAAGAGGCUAUUAGCAAUGACUUGACUCUGCUGGCUGAAGGGGACUCGAGGGAAGAGAGGGAACAGGCCACAAAGCGGCUUGGUAUAUGA